AUGCAAACACCUCUCGCUCCUUACAUGUUGAGACCUCACCAGACUCUGCUGCUCUGUCGAUGCUCUCAUACCUCACUCGUCCCUACUCCCCGCAGCCAAAUCAGGUUCUUCUGCAACUCCAGACCCAGUCGUAGAUCCAGAAAGAAGCCUACAGAAGAUCAUUCCUCCCCAUCCCCGUCUCCUCCCCCCGGUAUGUCGUCUCAGCGCACCGUGGCGGACGUCCUCAUGGGGGCGGCUCGUGCUGCCGCCGAGAAGAAGGCGAAGAAGUCCCCCCAGGCACAAGAUGUUGCCGUUCCGCGAUUGAAGAAGCCCAAGGCUGGAGAAAAUCAAGACGGUAACGGCAACAUCCCGCAGCUACCCGAUGCCUCUACGCCCAACGAAGAGAAAGAAGAGAAGAAGGUGGAGUUGGAGCUGAGGAAGAAGGGAUCCGAUUUCGACCCUAAGACCGUGGCCUGUUGGAACGAGGGAGAGUCGGUUCCCUUUCUGUUUCUUGCACGUGCGCUCGACUUGAUUUCGAACGAAUCAGGGCGAAUUGCAAUUGCGGACAUCUUGACUAACGUUUUCCGUACAGUGAUCGCCACUACUCCAGGCGAUCUGGUUUCAGUUGUUUAUCUGUCUGCCAACAAGAUUGCCCCUCCUCAUGAGGGUUUGGAGCUGGGAAUAGGGGAUGCUUCUAUUAUCAGAGCCCUGGCGGAGGCCUAUGGUAGGAAGGAAGAGCACGUCAAGAACCAGCUGAAGGUACUUUUGUCCACCUACAUUGCGACUGGUUGUGCUAUUCAAUUCCUCUUAGCGUUGAAUGGACAUCUGGCGUCGCUGCAGGAACUUGGCGACUUAGGCCUUGUAGCAAAAGCUAGCCGAUUAUCGCAAAGAGUGAUGUUCAAGCCCAAACCUUUGACUGUUUCCAAAGUUCUUGACACAUUCCGCACCAUUGCGAAGGUGCGUCUUAUUUUCAGAGUGUGAGAUGGCCUAUUCGUACAUGAUGUGUAGGUCUGCGCAUGAUACCAGUCUCUGUGAUUUGUUUAGCGUAUACAUAGUCACCCGGUUAUUAUGAGACAAUGUGAACGUUUUUCUGAACCAUUGGACCUGGAAACCAAGACCUUUCCGGAUCUUUUCUCAGGCACUUUUUUGAGCGUUACGUUCUAAGCUAAAUGCGUGGCCAACUGAGAUUGACGCGUGAAUAACACAUUGUUUAUUUAGGUCGAUAUAUGACCCUAUCAACUUUAGAUGUACCCUGAUAAUUUUACUUGUAUUUAUUCAAGAAACAUGCUGCCUUUGUAUUUUUAUCACUUUUAUUGCUUCCAUUUGAAAAGGGAUAAACCAACUGUGACUGAAAGUCACACUGCCGCACACAGAGGUCUUGGACUGGUGUUCUUUUUGUGGAAGAAUGGGAUGUAUUAACAGGCAAACAUGCACUAGCUCUAAACAACGCUGCCUUAGUAUCAAAAUCAUAUUUGAUGCUGGAAUUUGCACGAUAUAUCCACAGAGUAAUUUGCCUCAGGUUCAUCUGGGUGAGACCUAAUGAUCCCAAUGAUACGACGAAUUGUAAGGAUGCAUAUGAGUUCAUAAAUGAGACAUGAAAAAAGACGGUCUUUUUAUUCUCCCUUUUUUUCUUAUGGUAACUCAUCGAGAGGUAGUUCAGGGGAACAGAGAUGCAAAUAGGAAACUGAGACGGGCUAAACCUUUCUAUCUGUCAGAAGGCUUUUAUCAAUGUGAUUGGCGAUGGCAGCAUCUAUGUUGGAAUGUGUAUGAAGGUGGUCUGUUUUUGAAAGCGGUCAUUUGUGUAGCUCAGGGAAAGCCUGAACAAUAAGGGACUUAAAGCUAAUGUUGCCCUGAGUCUGUAUGGCGAUGCACAAUGCCUUCUGUGUUUGCACAAUAUUUUGAUAGUAUGCAUAUUGUAGGGGCAAUUUUUUGGUCAGAGAUAAUACGUAUUUCUUUCAUGGGAUUUUUAUUCAUUCGUAUUUGCUGCUCGAUGAAUACAAUGAAUAUACAUUUCUAUUUCAUUAACGCUGCCAGAGUGUCUGAUCAUGAUAGAGGAAACUGGGACUUGCAAUAUGCGAAUCUUCUUUUUACUUUAUUCCAGAAACGUCACCUUUCUGUCAAUUACGUGUUGGUGCUUUAUACAUAUAGUUUUUUCUUCUGCUUAAUCUUCUUUGGUUUAGUUUCUGACAGAAACUUUCGUAUACAGUACACUAAUGGGUAGGAUGCCAUUAUUUUGCUACAGGAAGCUGGAAAGGACAGUCAAGACAAGAAAAGGAACCACAUAAAAGGACUUCUUGUUGCUGCUACCGAUUGUGAACCCCAAUAUCUAAUCCGAUUACUUCAGGUCUUAAGUUUUGUUUGUAGUAUGCCUUUUUGUUAUUUCGACAUUUUCUCUGACGCUUUGUAUGGAUUCUGUAGUCGAAAAUGCGAAUUGGCUUGGCAGAACAAACAGUGUUGAUUGCCCUUGGACAAGCAGCUGCAUAUUGUGAUACGCUACCAGCGCCUCCCCCAGAGUCUCAGUCUCCCCUUGAAGAGGUGAGGUGUUUCCACCUGCAGUAAGCUAAUCUUUGAAGACGUGAUCUGCUUACAUGCAUGCAAUGGACAUUGAUAUUUGAUGAUGGUUCUUUGAUUUCUGAGAAAUGUCUUCUCCUAAUUUUUUUUGUGGACUACUAUACCCGAAAAAACACAGACUGUGAUUGAAAUAGCGGGAUUAAUCAACAAAACUGUGGUUCCAGAUUAUUUUGGAUAGAAAAUAUUUAAUAAUUUUUCUUUUACAAUUCUCUGUUUUUUUAUAAAUGCGUAUUUAGGCACCAUUAAAUGAACUUCAUUUCUCUCUACUUUUCAUUCUCCAUGCAUGGGGGGUGGGCAUCAAUGCACUACGUAAGUCCCAUAUAUAUUCGCAACCAAUUUUGGCCUGCUGUUUUCUAAACAUCUUCCAUUGUUAUUAUGUCUGGAAGAUGGAAUUUCACAGCCUAGGAGGCAAUCAUGCCAACCUUGAAGGGCAAACUAUAGCGGACUAACUGCAACUUAGUUUUUUUUUUAAAAGACAGCCUUCUUAAAAUAACUAUUUUUUCUUAGAUGCUUUUUCAUCAUUUUCUGACGCGUCCUCUUGCCAGGCUGCCAAAAUCAUUAAGCAAGUGUACUCUGUUCUUCCCGACUAUGAUAAAAUUAUACCCAAUCUUCUUCGGUUGGGUGUAUGGAAGCUUUCAGAAGUGUGCAAGUUUUCACUGGGAGUGCCUGUUAAACCCAUGCUAGCCAAGCCAACUAAGGGUGUCUCUGAGAUACUUGAUAAAUUCCAAGGCAUGGAAUUUACGUGUGAGUACAAAUAUGAUGGUGAGCGUGCUCAGGUAAAGCUAAUGCCAUAACUGCUUCUAUAAUUUGUUGCGUAUCAUACAUGCUCUUACAUCUUUUUCUAAAUCCAGAUACAUUAUAUGGAGGAUGGUUCAGUGGAGAUUUAUAGUAGAAACGCUGAAAGGAAUACUGGGAAGUACCCUGAUGUUGUCAAUUCUGUAUCAAGGUAGUAGUACUUUUCACCAUUGUUCUCUUUACCCCCGGCCUCUGAUGUCAUCAAGCUGUCUUGUUAUUUCUGUUUGUACGCCCACUUUCAAAUAGAGAUAAAAACUUUAAAUCAACUCGAAUAGUGAUAGAAACAAUGUUUCCUAUGAUGAUACUGUCCUGCUACAGCUGGUUAACAUCGUUCGGUUGUUGUUGGUUCUUUUCUCUGGUUCGAAUACAAUUUGUAAUGCUCAUUCUGUCAGAGUGCAGAUUCAAGAAGCCAUCAGUAAAGUCUUUUGUGCUAGAUUGUGAAGUUGUCGCAUAUGACCGAGAAAAGCAGAAGAUUUUGCCAUUCCAGGUUUGAAUAACGCAUCCAAUCGGCUCUUCUAUUAAACGUUCAUUGAUACUGCACAGAUUAGGAUAAUAUCAUCUCUUUAAUUUUUUUUUUCCAUAGAUCUCUUUCAUUCCGGAGUUUCACUUAUGGUUUUUUCUUUAUUGAUGCUCUUUCCCAUUAACAUAUAUGUGCAUUCAUGUCUAACGGGUAGAUUUUACGAGGCUCAUGUGAAUCUAAUUAUCCUUGGGGACAACGCCUAAUCUGAUCUUCUUGGUAGGGGAAGAAAUUCAUUUAUCACGCAUUAUUAGAUCAUAUCAUUUGCUGAACGGAUGUCACCUCCAUCAGCUGCCUGGUUAAUCCUGUGGUGCGAUUUCUUUUCCUCUUUCUUUGAGCCAAUUGUGUUGACAAAGUAUAGGACAGAAGAAUAGCCAAUGGCAAUCCGCUAAAGCAUUUGUACAGCUCUUGUCAGAUCCAGCAAAUUUUUGUCUCAUCGAAACAAUGAUGCGGCUGAAUGAGAUCAAAUAUUAUGGACACGAGAGACUAAACUGAAUUUACGAUUUUCGCUGCUGAAUGUAUAAGUUGAUCAAUUGACAGGAAAGAAGAAUAUAAAUAUUGGUAAUUUGAUGAAGAGAGAAUGUCAGUGUCAAUGAAAAAUGAACAUUUUUACUUUCUUGUCAUGUACAUUAAAUUAUGCUGGCAUCCUUGAUGUUUAGUUUUUCAGAUUUUGGUUAUAGAAUCCAAGGGCUAUUGGAUUGAUGCAAACGGGUAAACUGUUUAAUUGAGAACACUGUAGGGAGGGGAUGCAAAUAAUCGUGGCAUUAAUGGAUAAAGUUGGAUCCUAGUACAUUAGAGUUUUAUCUAUGCCAUGACUACUCUCCUGUGAAUGUCUCAAAUGUAGUUGCCUGUCUUGGAACAUUGCCUUCUUGAAAGUCCUAUCUUCACCAAUUUGUUUUCUUAUUAUCACUUUGCGCAAAUAGUUUCUUCUUGGAUUUUAUUUCUAAUUGUUAAAUCAUGUAAUGAUCUUCUGUCGUUGAAUGACGCCAACUGAUGACAUUGUAUACUUCCAGAUACUCAGUACUCGUGCUCGUAAGGAUGUGGCAAUGGGUGACAUAAAAGUUGAGGUUUGCACUUUUGCUUUUGACAUCUUGUUCCUCAAUGGGGAGGCGCUCCUUCAAGAGCAGCUCAGGACUCGUAGACAGGUAUAAAUGUUAAAAUGUUGUUGGGUUUAUAAUUUUCAAGCAAAUGAGAAGUUUUUAGUUGUGGCAUAUUCUAGAAUGAGCAUGUUUCUCGACACUUGAAUCAUCAGUGUUCAUAUGUUUUUUUGGACUUACAGGUUGUUAAAUGAGGAAAAAACAUUGUUCAUGAGUGGCUUUGGGAUACUUUCAGAUACUCACGUAGAAAACUAUUUUACGAUAAUCUUGGUUUCGAUGGAAACUAUUAUAUUAUCUCUGAUCCAUAAACCCAUCAAUGCCAUGAGCAAUCUUCAUAUGAUCCGCAAGAGAUAAUAAAUAAAUGGAAGAUUGAGAAAGAGGAAGAGGGAAGAGAAUCAAACACAUGGAUGCAUGCAGCUUUUACAUGGUCAACUUUAUCCACAUUUAUGGCCUCGCUCUGUCACCUAUUUUCUUGGAGCUACAAAAAAUAAAAUUAUUUAAUUUUACUUCCAUGAGUUGGAAGAUUUCUUUACUUGUAGGGCCUAGGAAAAAUUUUACUCAUAGCCCCGAAAAAUUCCAUAGGGUGACCAUAUUUACUAGUAAUCAGGUUCCACAUUCCAACUCAUGAGUCCCAUGAAACUAAAAUGAGGGUCCAAUUUAAAGAGAAACACAUUUCUACGAGUAUACGUUUAUUUUAGAAGCACUUAUCUUGCCGUCCAUUUGGACUGCAGUAUUGGUAAUAUCAGUGUUCAGGUUGUAGGGUGAUUAUGGUAUAAAGGCUUUACUAAAUGUCACUAGUUCUGAAAAAAACCAAGCGUGGGAAUAAGGGGAAAGGUCACACUUACGAAAAGAAAUGGAUUAGGUGUCAAAUGCAUAAGUUCAUUUAUUUUUAUAAACAGUUUUUGGAAAUAAGCCACACUAUGUUUAUCAAACAAAAAGUGUAACAUGAGAACCUAAAAAUUCCAACUUUUUAAUCAUGUUCAAUGCUUCUUUUUGAAUCUUGAUUCUAGAGAAAACUAAAGUCUAUAAUCUAUUUAAUGGACUUCAAAUAUUCAUUUGGUAGAUUAUGAAGAAAUAAGUAAUCAGCAACAUGUUCUUCUUCUCGGGGAAGGAUCUUGGGCACUCAUGUUGAAUGGGGCUCGGGUUUAUUACUUUCUUUGUUUUAACAGUGUGGGUUUACCUUGUAAUAUCUCCUCUAGAGGGUGAUGCUCUAUUCUAGAAUAAGAUUCACAUAUUUUUAACCUAUAACUGUCAAAGAUAGUCUCAGAAAUAUGUUCCUUUGCCAAAAAUCCAGGCGUUUAGAUUUGUACUUCCGCAUUAAAUUUGAGUUUGUGUGAAAGAAAUUCGCGUCCGACAUUUAAAUCUGUUGUAUCUGCUUCCUCCUCUGUCUCUCUCUCACGCACUCUCGCUAACCUUUCUUUGGCUGUUCCCUAAAAGUUGAUUUGAAUUUCAAACAUCAUUCUAUAGCUGGUUAUUCUUACCUGUUCAUUGUGUGAUUGCGGUGGUUGUAUUUUUCUUGCAUGGUUUCUGCAGGCGAACAAUUACCUUGUUUUUUUCAGAUUCAUCUUUUUCUAAAUCUCUCACGUUACAGUUAUUGCGCAUUUGUUCACAAUAUAUCAUGUACUAACUUCUGAUGUGCCCUGUUGCAGCAUCUUUAUGAUUCUUUUGAGGAAAUUCCUGGAUAUUUUCAAUUUGCAACGGCAUUGACCUCCACUGAUCUAGAAGAAAUUCAAAACUUCCUUCAAAUCGCUGUGAAUUCCAGGUAAGAUACUUGGCAAAAAGAUAGCCUGCAACUCAUUGAAAAUUUUGACACAUGAUCCUCUGCAUAUCAUUAAUUUAUUUAUAGCUUAUGUGUAACAUAAUGGGUUGACGAACAAAGAAAGUGAUUAACAUUGAGCUGCGAUCUUCAUGUUUAGUAUUCCCCAUCCGAGAAAUUCUGUUACCCGAGAAAUUGUCUCAUCCGAGAGGGUGCUGACUGUGCCUAGCUUAUGCUUCGUGUUGUUGGAAUAGUGGUGAGCUGCAGCUGAGAUGCUACCAAUACCUGUAGACCAGCAUUGAAUCAAAUCUUGUAUUCAUCUGACUGGGCCCUGGUUGACUUUCUUGGUUUCGCACUUUAAAAGAUCGCAUUAUCAAAAAUGUUUCAGGAGGAAUAUCACGUCUAUAAGCUGCAGUUUUUUUACUAUCAAAAUCUAAAUAACAACUUCUCAUUUCACAUGUACAGCCUCAAUAUAAACUGUGGUGUUUCCUAGAUGUAAUCUUAACUAAUUUUACUGAAUCAAUGAAGCUGUGAAGGAUUGAUCAUCAAGACGUUGGACGGGGAUGCCACCUAUGAACCUUCAAAGCGGUCAAACAACUGGCUGAAACUGAAGAAAGAUUAUAUGGACAGGUAGGAAGGGUUAUUUUGUCCUAGGAUGUUGACUGGCCUCUUUCUUUUCUCGUGAAUAUUUUUUUCUUCAGCUCAGCCUUCCUUACAUUGUUCAUUUCAGCAUUGGAGACUCACUAGAUUUGGUACCCAUUGCUGCAUUCCAUGGUCGUGGGAAACGUACAGGUUACUACUAUGCUAUGCUUUUCUUGAUCUCCUUUCAAUGUUGUGCACUGAGUUUUCUCUCUGGUUUAGACCCAUUUCUUCGCAAGCUGCAAAGAUUGCUCAAUUUGUCGUGCCCUGUGUGAUUCAUAACCUUGCUCUGUGUGAUUUUUAGAGAAUUUAAUAGGAGACAAUGCCAUUUGAUUGACAUGUUGCUCAGUUCUUCCCUGAAAAAUCAUCUAACAUUUUUUCAUAAUUAUGUCAGGAGUGUAUGGAUCUUUUCUCCUUGCUUGUUAUGAUGAGCAAAAUGAAGAAUACCAAAGCAUAUGUAACAUUGGUGCGUGGACUCCUCUGCGCUUUAAUAUUGCACAAUAUUCACAUUCUGUGAUCCCUAUUGAAUAAUAGAUUUCAAUCCAUAAUUUUUAGGUACCGGAUUCUCCGAGAAGGAUCUUGAAGAUCGCUCUACUUCUCUCCGAAGUAAAGUGAUCCCCAGACCAAAGGUAUAGAUAAGAUUGAUUCCUUAUUAAACAUUCGUUUCAUACAUAAAAUUUCACCAUUUUUAGUAUAUGCAGAAACAUGAAUGUUCGUUUUGUGUUCCAGCCAUAUUAUCGGUUCGGUGACACAUUGAACCCAGAUGUCUGGUUUGAACCAGCUGAGGUAAGCACAUGGCAGUACCUAUUUCACAGUGCAUUUUGGAUAUGUAUGUCCGUUUUUGUGCUCCUUCAAUGCUUUGCCAUUCCUUCCUCGUCUGAAAGCAUUAUAUUUCCUUUUUCCCAUUCGAAGAAAUUCAGCUUCCUUUUUUUCUCUUUUUUUUUUUAAUAAUAAAAAUGGGAACUUUUGGUUAGCCAUCUUGAAGGGAGGACCCCUACGACCACCACCUGCCCUCUCCCAAUAACUAACCCUAGUAGAUACCGUUGACAUCUCCCAUAUCAGAAGAAGCGUAUGCUCACAUUCCUCCCUCUUCAUCGACAAUCAAAUCCCAUCAUGGAACUAGGAGGCCCUGUGGCUUGAGGAGAGAGCUGCCUUCUAAUGGUUGGUGGGAGAGGGGAGGAAGGGGGUUGACUCACUGCAAGGGAGAUGAAGAUGGGUGGAAGAAAUUGUGAGCAUAAUUGAGAUGCGACGGUGAAUGCGCUUUCAACCGGUCAACAUCAGCUGGUUCCCCUCCUUUCUUCAGCCCUUCUCAUCAGGAACUCCUUUUGGCCUUUGUGCCAGGUUUGGGAGGUGAAGGCGGCUGAUCUGAGUAUCAGUCCUGUCCAUCGGGCUGCCCGCGGUGCCAUUGAUCCUAACAAGGUUAGAAUGCGACCUCAAGAGCCCGCCUGCCUGCCUGCCUCAAGAGCCCUGCUGACGGCUCUCUUUGAUGCUCUUUUUUGAAGGGGAUCUCUCUCCGGUUUCCUCGUUUGCUGAGGAUUCGUGACGACAAGAACCCAGAUCAGGCCACCACGGCUGAGCAGGUACUUCCAGGGCACCGAUCCCGCUUUUACACAGCUCAGUUGCUCGCCUGAUUCGGUGGUUGAGGGUAACGGGCUUGUUGUCUUCAGGUUGCCGAGUUGUAUCGUGCUCAGAAGAUCAAUCAUGUCAACAAUCAGACGGAGGAGAAUGACGAAUGA